AUGCCAUCUGAGGAGUUUGUUCGUGGGAUGCUGUAUCUGUCCCUCACAGUUGUAGGAGUUCCAGGUAACACUGCUGUAAUUGUGGCUUUCCUAAUCUUGUUCUACCAGGAGCGCCGGCUCCUCGCGGCCGAUGCCAUCGUUCUGCACCUUGCCUGCGCCAAUCUGCUGGUGGUGGCCAUACGAUGUCUUCUGGAGACCUUGGCCUCCCUCGGCGUGGCCGACAUCUUUGGAGAUGUGAGCUGUAAAGCUGUGAUCUUCAUAUACAGGACCUCCCGUGCCCUCUCCAUCUGGCUCACCUUUCUCCUGAGCACCUACCAGUGUCUGAGCAUUGCACCACCUGGGUCACGCUGGGCAUCUCUCCGCAGCUUGGUUGCCCACUAUUUGGCCUUUGUGUUCCUGUUCCUCUGGGUUCUUAACACCUGCAUGACCACGGCGGCCAUACUGUUCUCCUUUGGUAGCAAGAAUGACUCCAGCCUGUUAAACAAUGGCAUUAAUGUACAAUUCUGCUAUGUAAACUUUCCUUCAAAGCUGUCUAAACAGGCCAACGGGGCAGCUCAGGUGGGCAGAGAUGUGGUGCCCAUGGCCCUCAUGACGCUAGCCAGUCUGAUAAUACUGAUAUUCCUUUACAAGCACAGCCGCCAGGUGAAGGGACUCCGCAGCAGCAGCAGCAGCAGCGGCGGUAGUAGUAGUAGUAGUGGUGGGGCUGAGCGACGAGCUGCCAAAGUCGUGGUGGUGCUUGUGACCUUGUAUGUGGUUCUCUAUGGGGUAGAUAAUGGGCUUUGGGUGUACACUCUCACUGUGAGGAAGACCAUGAGUUCCUCACUGAUCUCUGACCUGCGUAUAUUCUUCUCCUCAUUGUAUGCAGCGCUAAGCCCUCUGGUUAUCAUUGCGUCUAACAGGAAAGUGAAUAGCAGGCUCAGAUGUGUAGCACAUGAAAAGCCUGUAACGGAGAAAGGGACAAGUCCUUCUUCUGUGUAA